AUGGGCUACGUGAUGUUCUGUACCGUGGGAGUCAUGAUUCUCACGCCAGGCAUUGGCCUGUUCUACGGCGGUAUGCUCAAGAAGAAGAACAUAAUCCAGAUGCUGUUCCAGUCUUACAUGGUGACCUGCACCAUCACGAUCCAGUGGUUCUUGUUUGGCUACUCGCUCGCGGUCUCGGUUUCUCCGUCACACGUGUGCGGCAACUUUUCGCUCGGCGCUCUCGCUAAACUCGGCGCCGGACCGUUCAUCGAGGGCGGCACCAUCCCUUCGAUCAUCUACUUCACGUUUUCUGUGUUUUUCCCUAUUGCUACCGUGCAAAUCUUUGUGGGGGCCAUUGCCGAACGUGCCAGAAUUGUGCCCUCGCUCGUGGUCGGGUUCCUGUGGUGCACGGUCUGCUACUGCCCGUUUGCAUACUCCACGUGGGCCACCAACGGCUGGCUGUACAACCUGGGUGCGCUCGACUUCGCCGGCGGCGGCCCUGUCCACAUAGCCUCGGGCGUCUCGUCGCUCGCAUUUUCCUACUUCAUCGGCAAGCGCAAGUACUGGAAAAACCCUUCCACCAACAAGGACUACAAGCCUCAGAACAUGGUGGCCACUUUCAUUGGCGUCUCCAUCAUCUGGUGCACGUGGCUGUGUUUCAACUCGGGCACGUUGCUCGCCGUCAACACGAGAACCGGCUACAUCAUGGCCAACACGCAGAUCGCCGCGUCGGUGGCCAGUUUCGUGUUCACCUUGGUCGACUUCAUGUUCGAGCGUAAGUGGAGUCUCGCGGCCGCCUGCGAGGGUGCCGUUGUGGGGCUCGUCAACAUCACCCCGAGCUGCGGCUUCUACACGCCAUACUGGUCGUUUAUCACGUCUGCCUUUGUUGCUGCGUGCUGUCGCCUGCUCUACAACGUGAACGAGUGGCUGGGCAUUGACGACACCACCCGCUCCUUCGUGGUGCACGGAAUUGGCGGCAUUCUCGGGUCGAUCUGUCUCGGGGUGUUUGCCUCGCCGUACGUGGCUGGUUUGGACGGCGUGACCGAGAUUCCCGGCGGAUGGAUUUACCACCACUGGAAGCAGAUGGGCUACCAGUUUGCUGGCUGGAUCAGCAUCACCGUGUGGAGUUUCGUGGCCACGUACGCAAUCUGCUUCGUUGUGGACAAAAUCCCCGGCUGCAAGCUCAAGGGCAUCGAGGAGGCCGAGGAAAUGGGCAUGGACUUCUACGAGAUGGCCGAGUGUGACAGUGUAGCAGAGUCAUUCAAUCAUUAUAUAUCGUUUACCUAG